UCUAUGUAGCUCAUGCAUGAAAGGGUUAAUUUCAUCACGUGGGUCACUAGCAGCGUUAGUAUAUCCGGGUGAUUCCAGUGACCUUGGAUUGGCUGAGAGAAUCAUGGCUGCUCUUGUCAGGUUGAGUUCUGUUUGUCACAGAGGUGUCAGCCCUCUGUUAUUUCGCACUUCCUCCCUCAUCAGACCUUUGGCCAUACAGAAGAAGGAUCAUGAUUGUCCAUACUUGAUAUCAGCAAAGAUACAUGCUACUCCUUCCAACUACACGGGCUCUGGGUCCAAAGCUGCUUCCUUGCACUGGACAGGAGAGCGGAUCCUGAGCAUAGUUCUUCUGGGCAUGGCACCCAUGGCGUAUUAUUUCCCCGGCCCUGCUGUUGACUACUCUUUAGCAGCUGCACUUACUCUACAUGGUCACUGGGGUCUUGGCCAGGUUUUGACAGACUACGUUCAUGGAGACUUUAAAAUCAAGAUGGCUAACGCCGGCCUCUUCAUUCUGUCGACAGUCACCUUCGCCGGCCUGUGCUACUUCAACUACCAUGAUGUGGGGAUUUGUAAAGCUGUGGCCCUCUUGUGGAGUAAAUGAUUGGACUGAGAUGAGGGAUAUGGCUUUUGCCAUCAGAGUUCCAGUUUGUUGUAUACAGUUGUGACAUAUGUAAAUUCUAUGAAUAUAUAAUUUUUGACAAAAUAGUGUCGAUUUGCAGGUGUUUUUAAUUGUGAAUGCUGUCAGUUUGAUCAGAACUGGCUCAGCUUUUGCUUAAGAUGGAAAUCUCUGCAUGUCUUCUACACUUUUGUCUGGCAAAUCAGUGUUUAUGAUGCAGCAAAAUCAACCAAUUGUUGUGGCUAUAAAAUGUUGGUCACUGAAUUUGAACUUGAAAAAUUCCCUCGGUAAUAUUAAAGUUCAAACACGUUUUUAAAUAUUUACAUGUUUUGACCAUAUUUAUUCUAUAAUGUCUUCUUGUCAGCCAGUGUCUGAUGCAUCACAACGUAAUAUCUUGAUGUAUGCUGUUUCUGUCAUUACGGCAUAUGCAGAAUUAAUCUCACUUUCUUUAAUGACUCCUUGUGUAAACGCUAAGCAGGAAGUGAUUUUAACUUAGAUCACGUGCACAUUGUUGUAUUGUGGUGCACAGAUGUUAAACUGAUGUUAUACACCCAUCUUUCUAUUGUAGGGACCCUGACAUUAAAGCAUAGCUGAAUGCAUUGCAAGUAUUUGAAUAUUUACCAUCAUAUUCAAGUACUCCAUUAAUGACCACAACAUCUGGAGAACUGUCAUAUUAACAGAAUUUCAACUUUACACUUUGCAUGGCUGUAUUUCUGCUCAAAUGAGGAAUCAUUUAUUAAAGGGAAAGGCAAUUUGUAAUUGGAUGUGCAGUGCAUUAAAAGCAAUUUAUUUACGUCUUUCAUUUUAAA